AUGACAGAAUCGGACUUGCUCCGGGACACACGUGGUCGCGGUGCGGACUCGGGCUUGCGGCGACCCGGUACUGGACGGCCGGUAUUAAUGGCGGAGACGACCAGCCGCAUGGGCGAAGCUGAAGCAGGACGACUCAGGCCGGAUUGCUUUCAGGAGGUAGUUGAGUUCAGUCGAGCGGAACCUGGCCUCAAGCCGGCCGUGGUGGCGGCCAGAAGACAGACGCGCCUCAACUCUGUUUUAGACGGUCUCAUGAAAAUCCGGUUGCAAGAAAGAGAAAGAGACAGAAAGAUAGAUGAAGUGAGAGAGAGUCGGCAUAGUCGAAAUGCAAUAAAUAUAGGCGAUGAGAGUACAAGCAUCAACCGACAACACCAGAUAGGGUCAACCUAA